AUGCACGGCACCGAGCAUGAAGUCUUUGAUGACACCGAAUUCAACCUCCUGAAGCACUUCACUGGCAAAAUGUCGGUACAGACGUGCGACGCCAUUCUGCAAGGAACAAAAAUGGGUGGACAAGCUGGGUCAUGGGCCGGCAUGAAGGUUACCACUCAGUGUGGGAGUUUGGCUGGACAUUUAAUCGCGCUUUCAGGCACCGACGACCCGGCCUUUGAUGAUAGGGAUUGGGAGUUUCUGAGGACUGGUUUGAGAGGGGUAUGUCCACGCCGCAACAAGCUAGGCGAUAAGGGCAGCCAGCGAUGA